GAAAGAAAGAUUUUUUAUAUACAUGUGUAUUUAGUAUGAAUGAAUACGAAACUAUCAGUAUACCUUUACCAGUUAAAAUUUCUGCAAAAAGCAAUGUUUUCGUUCAGCUAAAACAGUUUAUAUUUCAAAUAGUUUAUAAUAUUACCAGUCCACCAAAGCCAAAGCUAAUGGGAACAUUUAUGAAAUUUGGCAAUUUUGUCUGGAUUCAUGACAAGAGCUUUGCCAAUCAAAUUUACAGUAACGGGUUUUUUGGUAAAGGUGAUCUUUCUAGAAGUCAACCUACUUGGUAUCAACGAAUCAAACAAGACAAUAAAAAUGCUUUAGAAGAAAUUACAGUAGAGAGACGAAAGAAAAGAAAAGAAAAGAAAAACAAACAUGUUGAUGCUGAGAAUUAUUUAACAUCUGAUGAGCUUUUAAAUUUUGCAAUGAAUGUAGAUGUCGAAAAUUUUCAGCUAGAUUUAUAUGAAGCCUUCUUUUUAGUGUAUGGUCUAAAUGCACUAUCAAUUGAGAAUAGUAAAGAGAUACCAAUGUCAAUUGAGGAAUGUUGGUCCACUUUUAAUAAAUGUAAUGAACUAUUUCAUAUAAAUUAUGUCGUAUACCAUUAUUAUCGAAGCUUGGGUUGGGUACCUAAAAAUGGAUCCAAAUUUGGAGUUGAUUUUGUAUUAUAUCAAUCUGGCCCUUCUUUUAGACAUUCUGAUUAUGCAGUAGUUGUAAUGCCUCUAUAUUCAAAUAAAACAGAGGAAUCCAAAAGCUGGACCUGGUUAUUACGUCUUAACCGUAUUUGUACUCAUGUAAAAAAGACUUUAAUUUUAUGCUAUGUUCAUAUCCCAGAAGACACUUCUUCUUGUACAAGUUUAGAAAAUUACUCAAUUAGACAAAUCAUUUAUAAAAGAUGGUCUCCUCAAAAAAAUAGAGAAGAAAAACAAAAAGACACAUAACUUAUAGAAUAAAUCACAUUGUAAAUAUUAUUGAAUAAAAGAAUUUGAGCAAAAGAUGCAUGCAAC